AUGGGGCUUUUUCUUCUUGCCACGGUCGUUUCUACUGGAGUUGCAAUCUAUGCACCUGCCACAGCCAUCUCAGCAGUGACAUCGAUGGAUUUGAAUCUGGCGAUAUUGUCGUGUGGAAUUGUCUGCGUUUUUUAUACGACGUUAGGAGGAAUGAAAGCUGUAGUUUGGACUGAUGCUGUUCAGUCUGUGUGGAUGAUUUCCGGGCUUCUCGCAGUAACGAUCUACUCCGCUGUUAACAUCGGUUAUGAUGAAAUCUGGCAAAAGGCAAAGGACACAGGCCGGACAGAGUUUUUCGUCACCUCAUGGAAUCCAACAGUGAGAAAUAGUAUCCAAGCAUUUUUGAUUGGAAAAACAUUUGGGUUGGAUGGUUACUCUUUCUGUGUAAGUCAGAACUUUGUUCAACGAUUUCUUGCAUGUAAAAGUUUGGGUCAUGCUAAAGGCUCGGCGUAUAUGUCUGUUGUCUGGUUUGCAACGAUCAUUACUUUUUGUUUGACGAGUGGUUUUGCUUUGAUUAUCUACUACGAGCUUUGCGAUCCAGCUGCUGCGGGCUUUUUAGAAACGACCGAUCAACUAAUGCCCUGGCUUACUACUUACAUAUUUCAAGAAAACGCGGGAGUGAGCGCGAUCUAUGUCUCUGGCGCAUUUGCCGCAUCAUUGAGUACUGUCAGUUCCGCACUUUCUAGCAUGGCGAAUGCCUUGGUCUCCGACUAUUUAUUCAAAUGGACUAAUAAGUUGUCCGAAAACAAGCAACUUAUAAUUUGCAAAUCGAUUGUUUUGAUCCUUGGCGGUUGUUGUAUUGGAUUCGCGUACAUGGCAGCUUCGCUUCGCGGUGGUAUUUUAGAAGCAGCCCUCGCUAUUCCCGCUAUUGUUGGAGGACCCACGUGGGGAGUGUUUUUGCUUGGUGUUUUCUUCCCGUUUGUGGAGUUUAUUGGAGUCUCAGUGGGUAUGCUUUCUGGAGUCAUUGUUUGCACCUGGAUGUACGUUGGAAGAAAUAUCGCCCCGAUUCCAACAGAAAUUAUCGAACUUGCUGGCAAGUUGGAAGUCAACACCGAUCAAUGCAUGUAUGAAAAUGGAACCAUGUACCCUGGAAGUGAUGCUCAGCCUGAAUACGUUGAGAACACACCGUUGCUUUCGUUCUAUAAUAUUUCUGUUCAUUACAUUGGAACUCUUGGCUUUGGUACGACAGUAGUUUUCACGCUUUUGACCAGCUCAAUUGUCCAUUUUCUUGUAAAAGGAAGAAAAUACAACUUGAAACAGCGAGAUCCGCGUCUUCAUUGUCAUCAUCUUUCAAACCUAUGGCGUUUUAUCACCCGUAACGAGGUCAGAAGCGAAGAUGAUGAUUUCUGGAUUUUGCCUGACGCCGAAAAACAUGCCGUAACAAACUCCGACCUCUCUCCGGCCGAAGAAAGACCUUCAACGACGAGUAAAUCCUCAAAGAACAUAGUGUUCCCCGAAGAAGUGCAAACUGAUUUCUAA